AUGAUAAGAACUCCAUCUCAUUCCUUUUACAUGAGAAAUUCUCAAAAUCAAUCUCAUUCCCCUAUACCUUAAUAAAAAUUUAUUACUCCUGAAAAAUUGGUUAGAGUUAGCGGAAAUUCAGGAGUGAAAAUAAAUUCAAUUUAAAAAAAUGGCACAAGAAUUAGAAGCGAAGCUGUUGAAACUGUUAAUAAGAUAAAAGAAUAAUAAAAAAUAUAAGAAUAUGUUUAAGAAUUCGAAUAUAGUAUUUUAAAAUAUAAUUUUUUAGAAAUUAUGGAAUAAAAGAAUGAAGAAUUGUAAUAAUUGGAAAUAAGAAUUUUAUUAUUAUUACAAAAAAAUCAUGAUUAAGUCUAAGAAAUGGAGGAGUUGAAAUAAGAAAAUGAAUAACUAAAGCAAUUAUUAUAUGAAUAAUAAACAAAAAUAGUUGAAUAAAAUUAAGAGAUUUUAGGAUUAAAAUUAUAUAAAGAUAGUUUAAAAAAAAUAAGUUUUAGCGAUUACUUUCGAUAAUAAAAUUAAUGA